UGCUCUGGGGAAGAGGGAAAAGGGCGGUGUCGGGUGGGGCGGGGCCACGCCGUCUCCGCACGCGCAGGGCGGGACUCAUGAGGCCACGCCUCUUCCGCCUCGCCGUUCUGCCACAGCGCGUGGAAGGUUGACAGGCCCCGGGCCGGGUCUGUCUAAACUCGCGGCGUCGGAACUGGCGAGAUGGCGGCUGAGGUGUUGCCGAGUGCGAGGUGGCUGUACUGUGGGGAUCCCGUCGAGAGCCAGAGAGCAGUACUGGUCCAGUUCUCCAAUGGGAAGUUGCAGAAUCCAGGCAACAUGCGUUUUACUUUGUACAAGAGCAGUGACUCCACAAACCCCAGGAAGAAGAGUCAGCGCAUCCUGGCUGCUGAAACAGACAGACUGUCCUACGUAGGAAACAAUUUUGGGACUGGAGCUCUCAAGUGCAACACUCUGUGCAGGCACUUUGUGGGAAUUCUGAACAAGACUUCUGGCCAGAUGGAGGUGUAUGAUGCUGAGUUGUUCAACAUGCAGCCACUGUUUUCAGAUGAAUCAAUUGAGAGUGAAUUGACACAAGAGAGUCAGAACAAAAGUUUUAGAGAAAAGAUGGAUUCUUGUAUCGAAGCCUUUGGAACCACCAAACAGAAGCGGGCUUUGAACUCCAGAAGAAUGAACAAAGUUGGCAGUGAAUCUCUCAACUGUGCAGUCGCUAAAGCUGCGGAGAAUAUUAUUGAUGCAAAGGGUGUGACCGCUCUGGUCAAUGACGCCAUCCAUGACGACCUGCAGGAUGACUCCCUCUACCUUCCUCCCUGCCACGCUGAUGCCGCCAAGCCUGAAGACGUGUAUAAGUUUGAAGACCUUCUGUCCACUGCGGAGUAUGAAGCUCUUCAGAGCCCCUCUGAAGCUUUCAGGAAUGUCUCCUCAGAGGAAAUACUGAAGAAGAUUGAAGAGAACAGUCACUGCUCCUUUGUCAUAGAAGCGUUGAAGUCUUUGCCAUCAGAUGAGGAAAGCCGAGACCGCCAGGCCCGAUGCAUAUGGUUUCUGGACACGCUCAUCAAAUUUCGGGCACAGAAAGUGAUUAAGCGGAAAAGUGCCCUGGGACCUGGAGUCCCCCACAUCAUCAACAGCAAACUGCUGAAGCACUUCACUUGCUUGACCUACAACAAUGGCAGCCUGCGGAACUUGAUUUCAGAUUCUAUGAAGGCAAAGAUCACUGCAUAUGUCAUCAUACUUGCCUUGCACAUAAGCAACUUCCAGAUUGACCUGACAGUGUUACAGAGAGACUUGAAGCUCAGUGAGAGAAGGAUGAUGGAGAUCGCGAAAGCCAUGAGACUGAAGAUCUCUAAAAGAAGGGUGUCUCUAGCAGCUGGCAGGGAGGAGGAUCACAAAAUGGGCACCCUGUCCAUCCCACUGCCUCCAGCCCAGACCUCGGAACGCCAGUCCAAGCGGAGGAGAAUCACCUAGAUGCUUGCUUUCUGCAUGGAGCCUUUUGGCCACACACAGCCACUACUUCUAUUCAUUUCCAUUUUUAUUUUUAAAAUGAGAAGAAAAAGAAGCCUUGCCUUGGCGUGGGUUUGAAGCCAGAAGGCAGCAUCUCAAGUUGUGCUGUGUACAGUGAUGGCCCUGUUGGACUUGACCUCUCUUUGGUGCGGCUGUGAUUGUGAAUGGCAGCCGGUUCCGUGGGAGGGUGGGGCCUGGGGAGGUCAGAGUCGGCAGAUCUUACCGGCUGCACCCUGGGGCACAUCUAAUGGAUAAUGUUAAUAAAGAGAAAUGUGAAGGGCCCCUGGAGUGCAUAGUGAGGAGGUUACAGCCCAGUUGGGCUGGGAAGAGGCUUUAGGCAUUAGUAGCUAAGCAUGGGCCUCCCCGCCGUGGGGCUGCCAAAGGGGCCCCGUGAACUUGAGGCUGCCGUCAGAAGUGGAGCCAAAUCAGAGGAUGUGAUCAGCCCCUUCGGUCGCUCUGCCUGGCUCAGGCCACACAGAGGGCAGGGGGCAGCUCUGAAAGCUCCUUCCUGAGAGAGCUGAAUCAGAGUGAAGGAUGGAAAACACAUUGUUCUAGCUCUCCUUCAAAGGGGGUUUAAUGUGUGGACAGAAAGCUAUAGGAUUGUGAAAGGCUGCGCGUGUGGGAGUCAGGCGGUGGCCUCUGGAGCUGUGAGGUUUGAGGGCGCACAGCUGCAGCUGCUCCCUCAGGCAGGCGUGGACACCCACUGUUCCCCCACACUGCCGCUGGGCCUCCUGAGGCUGGUGACUGGGCCCCACAGUGCUGAGGGCAACCUCCCCUACUUUCAGCAUCCCAUUUCCAAUCCUGGGCUGCUCAGCACAAACAGCCGAAAGACUGGGAAGCUGGUCUCCAUCUUGCUUCCUCCUUCUGUGAACGUUUGACUGUCGAACAACCCAGGGUGAGGGGCACCAUCCCCUCGCAGAGUCAAUCCAUGUGUCGUUUUGACACCCCCACCCCCAACUUUGGUAAACAGUUAACACAUACUUUGAAUGUUACACGGAUUACAUCCUGUGUUCUUAAAGUAAGAUAGAAAAAAGAAGAUGGUAGGAAAAUACAGUGCUUUUAUUUUAUUU